AUGCUACAGAACGACGAAGACCGCACGUCGUUAACGACAAUAGCAGAUGAUGAAGAGGCUGAAUUAGACCAAAUGGAUGAACAUUUUUCUCUUCGUCAAGGUGCACAGAGUGAUGAUCAUUCACCAACUUCUACACUUGAUCUCGCUACCACCAAGUCAAUCAAGACGAUGAAAUGUCCGAAACCUACUAAAUUAACUACUACAACUACUGACUUGCAUACUGGUCAUACCAAAGGAGCAUUACGUCAAGGUGUUGCACCUGACUUGUUAUCGAUUGAAUGUAUUGGAUUAAUAUCUCAAUAUGCAGCAGUUGGACUUGUUUAUGGUGUUUUACCUAGUACUAUUACACCAUUUUUAACCUACUAUUUAAAUAUGGAAGGUACUAUGACAACCUCCGCUCGAGCAUUAAUUUCAAUUCCAUGGAGUUUUAAAGUUUUUAUUGGUGUUAUUUCGGAUUGUAUACCACUAUUUGGCUAUCGAAGAAGACCAUAUAUGGUAUUAGGCUGGUCUGUAACAGUUGUAUGUCUAUUAAUGAUGGCCAUGUCAACAAUUGAAGCUCCAUAUUUUCCUGAUCCAGCAAUGAGAAAUAUUAAACCAAUUGAUUAUUCACCUGAGAUGAUUCAAUCACUGAAUAAAAAUGCACCUAGUAGUGGAGCAAAAUAUAUUGUACUCAUGAUGUUUGCUACACUUGGAUAUCUAUUUGCAGAUGUCGCAGCAGAUGCUGUGGUGGUGGAAUAUGCACAACGUGAACCAGAAGAAAUACGUGGACGCACUCAAACGGCAAUUUAUACAGUCCGGACGCUGUUUAAUGUACUUGCUCAAGCUAUUACAGGUUUUGGACUGAGCUCGUCGGAUUAUGGUGGCAGUUUUGAGUUUGGACUCUCGUUUCCAGAUGCAAUGUUAUUAUUGGCAAUAUUCUGUCUGCCUGUUAUUCCAAUGACGUGGAUGUAUGUACGUGAAGAAGUUGUAAAGGAACGACAAACGUUUCAAAAAUACAUUGGUGAAUUGUGGGGUGCCAUCCAGAGUCGUGCGGUAUACCAGGUGAUUGCCUACAGUUUCCUAUCAGGUGUAUUUAGUGGAUUUACUUAUGUGGCUCAGGACCCAAUGACAUCGUAUUGGGUCCACGCAACGAGCUUCAAUUUGAGUCUGAGCAGCAUUUUUGGUAGCUUUGUGACAGUGAUCACGCUUACGAUGACGGGAAAGUAUGGACUGCAUUGGAAUUGGCGGACGAUGCAAGUGGUGACUAUGGUGAGUGUAAUUGUACUCGACGCCAUGUGCACCAUGCUAGUAACGUGGAACAUUGUUCGUAAGCAGUGGUUUUGGCUGGGCGUAUCGGUUGUUGAGGCAGUGCCGGAUGCUGUUGGUUUCAUCAUUUCGACAUAUGUGGUCGUCGAGCUAGCCGGCCAUGGCAACGAAGGAGCGAUAUAUGGCUUAUUGACCACAGUGAGCAACUUAGGUGGGCCAUUUGCCCUCACGCUGACAAAGAACGUGAAUGCAGCUUUUAAGGUAUAUAACGAAGACAUUUUGAACGACACGGAGGAGGUGCGUCGCGACGUGACCAUUACUAUCUUGAUUUCAUAUGCGAUGAAACUCCUGGCACUUGCUUUUCUACCUUUGUUGCCCCGCCAAAAGUCUGAAGCGCAGGCUUUGAAAAAGUUGGGUGGCAGCAGUCGCUGGAUGGGCACGCUUACUAUCUCAUAUUUAUCGUUUGCGUUAGUAUGGGCGAUUUUAACAAAUUUGCUCGGUAUCUUCGAAAGCACUCGGUGCUGGGUCAUUACAGGUGGGUGCAAAGAGUAA